AUGUUGUCAAUCCGAUCAUUGGCCUUUUGCUCGAUUAUUGCCACACUUGCCACAGUUAUCUAUUCAACAUGCCCAAAUCGUGCAAUUGUCGCUAAAAAGGCUGUCAAAUUCGGUGUCACUUUCUACACAGCCGCAGAACUUCAACCAGUAUGUGAUUUUUUGUUUUUGAAAACAACAAACUGAUGGAUUUUUGUGAUUUCAGAUUCUGACUUGCAUCGAACCACAAUUAUACAAAGAUCCAAAUGACACAACAACUUUGAUUUCAAGUAAGAAACGAGUAUUAUUCUAUUACAUAAAUAAUAUUUUUACAGCUGGAAAAUCAUGUGUUAUCAACAAUAGUGCAAGCAAAGCAAUUAGUGCUCUUUCCCUAUAUUCCUCGUGUAAGAUUCAUAGAAAUUUGGACAUUUCACAAAUCCUGAGAUUUUCAGAAUUUCUAAAACGUUAGGGAUUCUAAAACUAGAAAGUGUGAAAUAUCUAGAUUUAAAAUUCAAUUUGUAGAAGAGUUCCAAAAAAUGAUAUUUUUCAGUCAACUCGUGCACAGAUUUAAUGGCAUUACUCGAUAAAUUGACAAAACCAUUCCUUACAAUUUGCAAAGUUCCAAUCAACAAAUCAGUCGCUGUUUUGAAUGCUUGCAAAGCGAAUACAACAAUCGCGGCCGCCUCAAAACAAGACGCAUGUAUCAAUAAAAUGUAUGGAACUGGAUUAGCAAUUGUGACCAAAGAUAAUGUUAACAAAUAUUGCACUCAACUCGCUGCUAAAAUGACAUCAACUGAAUGGGGUUGUUGCAAAACAUAUGCACCAAAAGUUGUUAAUGUCAAAUUAUACAAAUGCUACAAUAUCACUAAAUAA